UGUGCGCAGCUUGUAACGAUAGAUAUCUCGCUCCUAGGAUCCUGUCUACAGCCCUUAAUGUAAAUUUUAUCUAAUUUAAAACUUCAUACGUUUAAUUUAAGUUAUUAAACCCCAGUGUUUUAGUUUUAAAACCGUGAGAACCCAGACACUCACACAUUGACAAAUACGCGAAGGAAUGUUGAUUCAAUGGAGAAAUCAAGCAAUUCAACACCACUCGUCGCUCACAGCCAAUACAGAGCUUUUGAACUUAGUAGUCCAGUGGUUGCAGCAGAGAUGGCGCUACUGUAAAUGUUAUAUUGUAGGGGAUGGUUUGCAAGGGAUUGUCAAGAUCUAGUCCCUUAAAAAGAACUGGAAUAAUAAUGUUGGUUAAAAAUAACGUUUCAAGAAAAAAACUAUAUAGUGAUCUAUAUAGUGAUGCCUUUCAGUUAAAUCGAUAACGGCACUUUUGUUGGGUUGCUACGCUUAACAAAACCUCCUUAGUCGUUAGCGAACUUUAUUUUGAUUUCUUUAAAUCAAUUACUUCAAGAAUGGCCACUUGCUAUCAAAAACAUCCCUUCGAAAUAGAAACGGAAGACAGAUUAACUACAAUAAAUUCAAAAAUAUUUGAAAUCAAGAAGAAAAUACAACUAUCAGAGGGUCAAAGAAAAUCACAUUAUGAAGAAAAUGAGGCAGAGAAAAAACAAAACAGUGACUUCAUAGAUACUUUAAAGACUGAAAUAAAACUGAGACUAAAGGAACUAGCUGAAGCCAGAGAGAUCGUAACAGAAGAAGAGGCCAUGGUGAAGAAAUACUUAAACGCGGUUUGUCCAAUUGGUAAUAAGACUGCAGAUCAGCUAAUACAUAAUUUCGAUUUGAAAGUAAUUGAACAAAGAAAAUUAUUGGAUUUAUUGAAAUACGAGAAAGGCAGCAAGAAGAAGAAGUUGAAAGAUCUGGAGGUGGAAUACGAAAAACUUCUGAUUGAAAGCACUAAAAGCGAUUUGGUGAAAUCAAAAAUAUCCACCAGAGCUAGAAAGAAUGUAUCCCAUCUUGAAAACGAGAUCCACAAAGUUCUGAUACAAUGGACUGAAGCGGAGUUGGUAAAGAAGAAAUAUACUUCAAUCAGACAGGCCCUAGUGGAAGAUUCAGUAAAAUUCGAAAGCUCGCUGUCUAAAAUUGAGGAAGUCUUGAUGAAACAAAAGGAAGAAAUAAAACAGUUAGAGUUGGUCCGUGAAGAGGCAGCCGAGAUGCGUUUCCGUGCGACUGCGGCAACGGCUGCGGAGGCUGCCCGAGCACACGACGCUGAGCACGGCCGAGCAAACGAAAGAGCCUAUUUCGCACAGAGGUUUGAAGAAAGGAAAAGGGAACUUGAGAAAUUAGAGAAGAGAAUUUUCCCGCCGGCUGUUCGUUCCGUGCGACAAGAGUCAAGAGGAUCUACAGAAGGAGAAGUAGCUACGGAGGAACAAUCAGCUGCUACACAGAUGGAAGAAAUAUUCCAGAGAUUGAUGAAGCUAACAGGAGUCACGGAGCCUGAGGAAGUAUUCGAAAGGUUCAAGUCACAGCGAGAGACACAAAAGCGUCUGAACUACCUUCAACAAACAACUGAAGAGGAGAAACUUCUCCUUGAGGAAACACAGACAACACUCAUGGCUGAGCUCGAAGGAUACAAAUUUGCAUCCGUUAAGGAUAAGGAUGAGGGUCAAGAAGAAAUAAUGGAGUUAAAAAGACAAAUAGAAGAAGAGGAAAAACACUAUGCUGAUUUACAAAAAAAAUAUGACGACUUGGAAGGCUUUUUGUUAGAAAUCAAGAGAUUGUUAUAUGACCUGUGCAAAAUGUUGGAUAUUGUGGGAGAACCAGCUAUGCCAGAGUGGACAGCAGAGGCACGAGAUAUUUCAGAAACUCUAAAUGUUUUAAGUGCGAGGUACUCCACUGCUGCUACUAGGACAGCUGCCUUGGAGAAGAGAGAUCAACCCAUUCCUUCUAAUACUCCGAGUGGACCACAGUCACUAGCUGGUGUGAGGUCACGAAGUCCCAGCACACCGAAGGACUCUGAGAAGGUCCUGCCGACGUACAAGGAAUUGGUGACCAGAGAACCCGUCAAACAGCCACCAUCUGAUGAAGAGGAGGACAUACCAUCGCGGUUCUACUUAAAACGCCAAGCCCAACUCAUCGUAGAUACAAAAUGCAGAAGGAAAGGAUUCCGCACACCUUAUCCAAGGAAAUAAUUGAGAAGCUUAACAUUGAUAUUUUGUAGUUGACUUAUAUUU